AGCAUGUGCUCCCACUAUAUAAAGCUCGCCGGCGUCUAGGAUGCCCGUCGUCGGUGCAGGCCGGACCAGAGCCACCACCACCGCCACCAACUCGCGACGCACGUCGUCCGUCAGCAGCUAUCCUGUCCCCGUCCGCCCCGACCUCAUUCGUAGUUACAGCACCAGCUACCGCAUCCACCCAUCGGCGAUGGCGGCGGCCGCGGAGGGGGCGAGGGGGCGGGAGACGCAGCUGGGGGACCUGCCGGCGGACUGCCUGGCGCAGGCCAUCGCGCUCACCUCCCCGCGCGACGCCUCCCGCUGCGCCGCCGUGUCGCCGACCUUCCGCGCCGCCGCGGACUCGGACCACGUCUGGCAGCGCUUCAUCCCCAGCGACGACGCGCAACUCCUCCUGGCCGCGCUGCCGGCCAAGGGCGGCGGCGGCGGCGGCGGCGGCGGCAGGAACAAGAAGGACGCCUACCUGGGCCUCUGCGACGCCGCCAGCGCCGCCGCCGUCGGCGGGGACGGCGGCUGCCGGGUGUGGCUCGACAGGGCCACCGGCGCCAAGUGCUACGCGCUCUCGGCGCGCAGGCUCAGCCUCCCCUGGGACGACGGCGAGUUCAGCUGGAGGUUCACGCCGCACCCGCUCUCCAGGUUCGGGGAGGUGGCGGAGCUGGUGGAGUGCACGUGCCUGGACAUCUACGGGCGGCUCCCGGCGGCGGCGCUCACGCCGGCGGCGCCCUACGCGGCGUACCUGGUCUACGACACCGCGGCGGGGGGCCGCCACCGCGGCCUCAGCUUCCCGGACCAGGAGACGGCGGUGUCCCUGGGCGGCCGGCCCGCGGCGCGCCACGCCGUGUGCCUGCGGCCCGACGACGCCGAGGCGCGCAAGUUCGGGGGCACCAGCGGCCCGAGGCGCGGCGGCGGAGGCCAGCAGGUGCUGGUGCGGCAGCCGAGGAGGAGGGAGGACGGGUGGUGGGAAAUGGAGAUGGGGCGGCUGCGCACGGCCGGCGGCCGGGAGGAGGAGCAGGAGGAGGUGGUGGCCAGCUUCGAGGCGCUGGGAUGGUACCCCAAGAGCGGGCUCGUCCUUCAUGGCAUCGAGUUCAGGCCACUCCACUAGCUGCAAUGCUGUAUAGUUCUAUCGGUUUUAAUGAUCCAAAGGCUUUCCAGUUCUUUUGCAUGGCGAGUCAAAAAAGAAA